UUCAACUCAUGAUGCACCCUUGGACAUGCUCAUGGGUCGCAAUCUCACCAGAAGAGGGCAUUCUGAUUCUCCCUGACAAAGUUGCUUUGACAUGCAGACGUUAUUAACAAAAGCGUCACGCUGUAUUUCAAACCGAUCAAGAACGGCACCAAAUGAAACAUUUGGAUAGAAAAGGUGGAUAUCUGGAUAUGUGACUAUCCCGCGAGACAAGUCAGCGUUUGAAAGCGACUUGUGGAUAACCUUCCCCUUACUUUCCUCUGUGCGCUAUGCGCGGAUCAGACUGAGCAUCCUGUAGAACGGAGAAGCCGAGUUUUUCUUGGGAGAGGAAUCUAACGGCUGUUUGACUCCUUUGGAAAAUUACGCCGUUUUUUCUCCAUCAUGCCCACGUAUUUGUGAAGAUUUGUGACAGGAAUUUUGCGGAAUCUCUAUGCGCAUUAAAGACUGGCAUGAAUUACUUGGAUGUAGCUUCGUUAUCUUCUGCGGAUACUGCAGUACUCUUUUUGGCUGUAACUUGAAAAAAGAGAGCGACUCCAUAACCGCGAAGACAUGGGCAGGGAGUUCUGAAACCGGAUUUCCCCCUUUUAAUCUGGAGUUGGUAGUAAAUGACAUUCGCCUCGGUACCUUUGUACGGUUAUAGUGGCAGACCUACACCGGAUAGCACAUUCAGGUCCGGGAGAGUAAAGGGCAGGUGCGCUUUAGGUUCAGCGACUGCGCGGAGAGAAAGGACUAGUGGAUUAGGACGGUACCUGUCUGUGAAGUGCGCGUCAUGCGGACUCAGAUGUCGCGCACCAAAAGCCAUUAAAACCUGUGGGCAGGAGCUGACAUAUAAGCGGAUAUGGGCUCUGCUCUGCAGUGUCGCUGGCUAGUGGUCCAACUCCUGAUGCAGGUGUGGCUAGCAGCAAAUCCAUCUUUGAGUGAGCGCCCAUGCCCAAAAAGUUGUCGCUGUGAUGGAAAAAUAGUCUACUGUGAGUCAAGCGCUUUUCGCGAUGUCCCCAAGAAUCUCUCAGGAGGCUGUGAAGGCCUGUCUUUGCGGUACAAUAGCCUUGCAAGCCUUCGUGCAGGCCAGUUUGUAGGCCUUAACCACCUCAUCUGGCUUUACUUGGACCACAAUUACAUUGCCUCUGUGGAUGCAAUGGCCUUUCAGGGCAUCCGCAGGCUCAAAGAACUGAUCCUGAGCUCCAACAAGAUCACAUCGCUCCACAACACCACAUUCCACCCUGUACCUAAUUUGCGUAAUCUUGACCUGUCAUACAAUAAGCUGCAAGCCCUGCAGCCUGGUCAGUUUCAGGGCCUACGAAAGCUUCUCAGUCUGCACAUACGUUCAAACUCUCUAAAAAUUAUCCCAAUGCGUCUGUUCCAAGACUGCAGAAAUCUUGAGUUUUUGGAUCUGGGUUACAACCGCUUGCGCAGUAUUACUCGGAAUGCAUUUUCAGGCCUGGUCAAGCUCACUGAGCUCCAUCUGGAGCAUAACCAGUUCUCAAAAAUCAAUUUCUCUCACUUUCCUCGCCUCUACAAUCUGCGGGCACUUUACUUGCAGUGGAAUCGCAUCCGCUCGAUGAGCCAGGGCCUGACCUGGACUUGGGCUUCGAUUCAGAAACUGGAUCUGUCUGGGAAUGAUCUGAUGGAAUUAGAGGCGGUAGUUUACCAAUGCCUCCCCAACCUGCAGACCCUCAACCUGGACUCCAAUAAGUUGACCAAUGUCUCCCAGGAAGUCGUUGAUGCCUGGAUCUCUUUAACUACAAUUAGCUUAGCUGGAAAUGUCUGGGACUGUGGCCCUGCCAUCUGUCCUCUGGUGGCCUGGCUAAGAAACUUCAGAGGAGCAAAGGAGACCACAAUGAUAUGUGCUUCCCCCAAGAAAGCCCAGGGUGAAAAAGUGAUGGAUGCAGUUGAAGCUUUUGGUGUUUGUCAAUCAAAUCCAAUGACAACACUCACUGUCAGUAUUCCUCCAUACCCAUCCAGUGUCCCUGUGCAGACUGAGCAUCACCCAGCUAUUCUUGCUUCACCUACUGGUUCUGGAAAGAGAGGAGAGGAAUCAAUUAGAAUCCCCACAUCAUCAUUUGGCACCCCACCUGUGGCACUUCCACCAGAGCAAGACUUGGAGCCCGUGUCUUUCCAUAAAAUUGUUGCUGGAAGUGUUGCCCUUUUUCUAUCAGUUGCAAUGAUCCUGUUGGUAAUCUACGUGUCCUGGAAGCGCUAUCCUAGCAGUGUCAAGCAACUGCAGGAGCAUUCAGCAGCAGCCCGCAAACGCCGCAAGAAAGCUAGAGAGACGGAGCGCACCCUGAGCUCUCCACUGCAGGAGUACUAUGUGGACUACAAGCCCACCAGUUCUGAGGCCAUGGAUGUGCUUGUCAAUGGGACCGGACCCUGCACCUACACCAUCUCAGGCUCCCGAGAAUGCGAGGUUCCUCACCAGAUGGGUGCACUGACCUUCUACCGCUAUGAACAGCCUAUUGUAGAUUACUGCCAGGCCCAUCAACCCCUGCGGCUCAACAUGGGCUAUGAAGGACCCCCACAGGGCCUGGAGGGUCUGGAGGACCUGGGGCCGUGUGAUAGGGCCACUAUACAGACAGUGGCACUGCCUGCCAUUCCCUCUGCUGCCAGCAUAGGUGCCCCUGUGCCAGGGCCUUGUUCUCCUCCAGCAACCCUCAGACCACCAAAUGAAGGUCCCAGCAGUGGACCUUUUCCCUCUGCCGAGCGCACCGGCACACUCAAAUUUGGACGCUAGCCAAGCCUGGCUGUUAAGAAGUGGGGCAAUGGCUUCUGAUUUACUGUGACUUUGAAAUGAAGGGGCAGGCGAGCUGGUUAUUCAGUGCGGCCUUGUUUUCAGAACAUGAGUAUAUGACACAAGGGGACAAAAAUUUCAAAUUUUGUCUUGAAUUUGCUAUAUGAAACACGCAGUCUCAUGGUAGAGGUUGGGACAUCCUUGCUGAUCAUUUUGAUUUCUUUUUCAAAAGCACCUGUUAGAGAACAUCUCACAAGUAACUGAUGGAAGGUAGUCCAGCAUAUUACAAAAAGUAUAACUUUCACAGUCCGGUCUUUUAAGUAGCUGUAUCAUGCAGCACCUGCUCCCAGCACAAACGGCAGUCUACUUGUGCUACUUGAGCCAGGAGUGGAAAAGCGAAGUGCAGUAAACAUAUUCUCAAUCACAAAAAGUGGGAGCAGUAAAAUGAGAUGGAGUUUGAUGUCAUGUGAAGAGCAGGAGGCUUCCUACUGUGAUUAUUAUUAAAAUUUCCAGUCAGUAGUUUUUAGCAAAGGCAAAUCCAUAUUAUUUCAUAAAGUGAGUCAAUUUCUUAUGACAAGUAAUAACAGAGCUCCUCUUUCUUUUGUUUUAUUUUUUCCUUUGGAUGUACAAUUUCAUUCUGAAUCCCAUUAAUGUGCAUGUCAAACCAAAGAGUUUUAUUUUCCUUUUAAUGCACUUAAGCAAUUUUAGCUAGGGCAUUCUUAAAAUGCCAGUUCAACUACUAAACUAGCCUCUGCCAAUUCACAUUUACAUUUUCAACCAAAUCUCCUGGUAGUCUCAGAUGGACUGAGCAUGUUUUUACAGAUUAACAAAACUAGCACUACAUACAAGUGAGAUAGUGAAAGUUAAAAUUUAAAGAGGUAUUUAUCAUAAUGAUGUAUCUUAUCUGUUCCUCCCAACAUAAGUUCAAUUGUUAUCCAUCUUGGAGAUGUUAAAACAACAACAACCAUGUAAUCUUGAAAGGAGAUGCGGCAUGGUCCAUAAUAUUCUUGAACAUACAAUAGAGGGGCCGUUUUUCACAUCAGAAAGCAGGUCUGUAUUGUAUAUGAUCAUAUCCUAGCUGAAUGAUUCACUAUGCUUUAAAGAGGUAACCAUGGAGAUUUUAAGUGGUAAAAUAAGUACAUAUGAAUGCAAAGUAUUGUACAUAUUCUUUAAAAAAAAAAGGUCCUCGUUACUGAAGAUUAAGACCACUCUCACUGCCCCAAACAUUUGUCGAUUGUUGAGUCAGUGGUUGACUUUCAUCUCACUGGAUAGUUUGGAGAGCACCAUCUUGCUGGGCUGGCAAAGCUCUGGCCAUGUGCUCCCAUCUCCCUCUCCACCACAGAGAACAGCGGUGCCUAGUGGGGGUGUGUUGAACCAGCACAUUGACUUCUCUUUGACCUGCAUAUGAACCCAUGGACUGUUACUGGGAAUAUUGCCUGACAUCUCCUUUUUGCCCAGAAAGCAUGCCUGGAGUGCUGAACUUACUGGCCACUGUGUCAAGCACUGCUCCUCAAUGACUUAUGGAGCUCAUGAAGACUUCAGAUGUGGCUGUGAUGGCCUGUCUCCAGCUUAAUCCAAGCAGUGCGCUAGGGUUGUCAGUGGUCAUGCUACUGGGAGAUGUGGAAACUGUGUUUGGUCCUUCCACAGUGCAACUGAUUGAUCUGCAGAUGAAACUGCAAGGGAAUAUAAUUUCCCCCAAAAAGUUAGUCUAUCCUCAAGAUAAAGGAAAAAAAGACAUUUCAUUGUUUUGUUUUGUUAAUUGUCUUUUUGGCUUUGAACAAAAGAGACAGUUUUGAGGUGUUUGAAGAUGAUGUCAAGAAAUUCUAUAAAAUUAAUCUAAGGACGAAAUCAAAUAGAACUUAUUUAUCGUGUAAAUAGUGAAUCUUUAAAGAUGAAAAAGUAUGAACUUCACUUCUUCUGAAACACAAACUGCUUGUGAACGGAAGAGGAGCCUUACUGACUUUCCAGGGGAAUCUGUUACCAAGAUGACUCGGUGAAGAGGUUCCUACUGCAAUGCUUCUGUUGUUUCAAUGAUAAAUAUUUUUCUAUUUGCUCCCGUCACUAUUAUAACAUUGAAAAAAUUAUGUUACUGAGAUUAUUUCUCAAAUCCAACAAUUUUACAAACUACCAUGAAAAGGGAAGAUUGGGAGUUUUGUUAUUGUGAUGUACUUCAAGUGUCAAACCUCAUAGAAAUCCAUAUUUUGUGUUCUGAUUUCAGAAAUGUUAGAGAACCCAUCAUGCAAGAGGUGGCUGUAUGAUGUCUUGUUAGUUGCAUCCUAAUUCAGUCCUCUUGUUAAAGACUUUUAACCCUGUCUGCCAUUUUAAAGUCUACUCAAGGACAAGAAGUGUGCUAUCUUUAUACCAGGUUAAUAGUUUGAAGGGUGUCCUUUUUGAUGUGCCAUUAUUUUGUUAAAUGUUUUAUCAGAAUCUGGCCCAAAAACAACAAGUGACCCAAAAAACUUCAUGGUUCUAUGACUAAGGGUUCAGUCCCCCUUUGUGUACAGGAUAUUGCAUAAAAAGCAGUUGAUUCGCUAAGUACAGUUGCUUAAUAGUGCUGGUGGAGUUUACUUUGUAAUAACAGCUGUGCCAAUGUCUUUAUAAAGGGAGCUCUCUUAAUUCUACCCAUGUAUUGUCUUGCUCUGCUCUGUAUCACCCCUGCUAACUCCUUGACCUGAAUUUCAUGUUUGCCUCUUGGUGAAUCGGGUGAACUUGUUUUAUGAUGUUCUAUUUCUGUCCGCAUGCUGAUAUUUUGGGAAACUAUGCCCAGUUAGGGUUGAACCAGAGACAAACAGUACAGGAGAUAUUUCCUGUCUGGAGUGCCCUGGAACCAGAAGCACCUGUCAUGGACAACUUCAGUUAUUUUAAAGCAACUUGUUUGCUGACCCAUUACUGCCCCUGUCACACCUAAAGUAGAAUUCCCGGGUACUGUAUAGGCAGUUGAAGUGUGAAAGAGGCUUCUGUUGGGCACUCACUCCACAGACAGACUUUCUCUUUAAUAGUCUCCGGCUAAAGCUCAGCACCCAUAGUAAUUACUUCAGAUUUCGGAACAGUGGUAAUGGUUCAAUUCAGUUUAACCCCAGUGAUCAAAGCUACGUUGCUCUUCAUGUGUAAUUAGAAAAUGCUAAUAAAAUUUUUGUAUGUUCUCAAUUAAAUCAACUACUAAUAAGAAACUGAUUAAUCAUGCCUAGCUCCCUGAUAAAAUAAGCAUAAUGUUAGAAUCCUGCUGCCACUAAUAAUUUAGUCUUUUGUCCAUUUCUUUUGCCAUCAGAGAGCUGGAAGCACAGGCGCUGCAUGCUAAUGAUGCAUGUUUGAGCUGAACUCCACGACCGUCUGCACUAGUCCCACAGUGCCAACAGGCUUUAUUUUCUCUUCUGCUUUGUUUGUUUAUGGUUUUGUACACCCCAAGCUCCCCACACCCCUUCACUCUUUGCGUUUGUACUCAAAUCCCCACAGGGAGCCCACCCUCCCUUUUUUGCUCUUUUCUCCUUGGGGUGGGUUGAAUAAAGGUCUGAAGAAUUGCAGUGAAAACUUUCAUAUUUCAGUGUUUAUGCUCAGAGGAAAAGCUAAAUCUCGAAGGGAAGAGGGAAAGCAGAGGAGAUGAGACAGAGACCCAGAGAUGCUAUACAAUAGGGAAGAUGUUGAUGGACAAAUGUGUAAGUGUAAGGGCAUUUCAUUCUGUUACACCGAAGGCUUUGUGAUGUCUCCAAAUGUCUCAGGCAGCUUUAUUUCCACUGUAAGAAAUCAUAAAAACUGAUUCAGUCAAGCUCAAACACACACAUCACAUACACACAUCUUCUACAGAGUCACACCGGGCACACAAAAACUAACCAAAAGGCAUAUUUACAUCUUCUAAACUCAAUGUAUUAUGCAUGCUGACAUACAAAAACACACAUAUACAACAUACAGUUUAAACACCUUAUUUGAAGUGACAUUGUGUUUUACUAUAUAUUAGCAAGAAUCCACUUCAUUUCCACUUCAAACAAUCAAUAAAAGAAAACAAACAAAAAAAAAGCAGGCAACACACGCCUUGAUAAAUGAUAAGGAAGGUCUGCAGGUUUUGACACUCUCAUUCAUUCCAGUUCACCCAAGGCCAUCUGAGACGGUUCAGAAGGUUCUAAUCCAUUACAUGAUAAGUAGAUUUGAAAAAUUUAUUCCACACCAGACACAGAUUUGCAGCCUUUUCUUACUCUGCACACAUCUGUCUUAGCAUUAGGACAUACCCACACAGCGCACAGUCAUGACAGAUAGGAGGGCUGAGCAGAAAAAAAGCAAGCUAAUGCUCCUCAUUUGCUACUUCUAGAGUCCCGAUUUCAGUUUCUAUUUUUUAGUAUGUCAUUAGCGUGUGCUGACUGCAAUGUGUUGAGAAAUAAUAAGUUUGUCAUGCUAAAAGGCAUAUAAGUAUUGCCAGCAAUUUAGCUGUAGCCUGCAUGUGCCCAGAAGGGCUGUGUGUGGGUGUGUGUGUGUGUGUAUAGCAGCAUCUACUCCUCUACCUCCUCUGAACUAACAUCACCAUUAAUGAUGUUCAGGUCAGCCCGGUUCUCAUUGAUUGUUAUUGUUCCAUGCUGUUUCUAUUAGCAGGAAGUCUUUAACCUCUGACUUAAAUUGUCCUGACUCUGUUUUUCUGCCUCUGCUCAUGUCAGAGGGGACACAAAAAGGAAAGGCAUGAUCAUUAACCACUGUCAGGGAAACACACUUUUUUGUUUGUCUGACAAAGCCUGUUUGCACCCCUAAUUGGAUUUAAUGUAAGCACUGAAGAAAAGAAGAUUUUUACUUAAAUGGGCUGCAUUCUAAUCCUGCAGUUGGCUCAAGAGUAUAGUGAGAGAAAAGGCAGUGAGAAGCUGCCAAAAAGAAAUAUCAUAAUUAGUUUUUGUUUCCUUGCAGGUUCAAAACAUUUUUCCUCUUUCUUUUUUUUUUUUUUGCGCCCUCUUAAAUAUUUUCCA